GGCAGGUAGGCUAGUUACCGUGGUAACCGGAUAGCUUGGCUUGGACGCAGAAGCUCCGGCUUCCCGGAGGAUCUCCGUGAGGAGGGAGCCGCCAAGCCCGGGUCGCCGCUUAGGGUGAGCGCUCCUCCCCGGACCGUCGCGAUGGGGACUGUGGUCACUGCACUGACCGGAGCCGGGCACUGGCCGGGCACCAGCUUCUCAGACUCCCGAGGGGCUCGCGAGGAGAGGUCGAGACUGCCACGCGAGACGAGGGCUGGUCGUUGCUUCUCUCCUUCCUAGGGCCCGGCCCUCUCAUGGCUUCAAAGGAGAGGGUGGACGCAAUGAGCAAAGGAGCCGGGUUCCGGCGCUGCCCUAAGCAAGCCUCUUACACGCCGGGAACCUGUGAGCUGCUCAGAGUGAUGAUGAAGGAGUCCAAACUGACUAACUUCCAGCAACGCCACAUCAUGGACACCAUGAAAAGAGGAAGCCCUCUGCCCCUGCAGUGCAACCCGACAUCCAGCCAGAGUGGCUCUCCUUCCAGGAAGCCGGCCGCAACUAUCUACCUGCCUCCCAUCCUGGCUACCCACUCUCACCUCCGGCCUGCCAGCAUGUGUCAAGCCAAUGGGGCAUACACCCGUGAGCAGUUCAAGCCUCAGGCUACCAGAGAUCUGGAGAAGGAGAAACGAAGACUCCAAAAUAUCUUUGCCACUGGGAAGGACAAAGAGGAACGGAAAAAGGCUCCCAAAGUGGUACAGCCAGAGGCCCCAGCUUCUGAGAUGGACCGGUUUGAAGAAUUGGUGAAGGAAAUCCAGGACAGAAAAGAAUUCUUGACUGCCAUGGAGUCUCUGGGAAGGGGCAAGCAAUACCGAGGAAUUGUCCUGGCUGAAAUCUCCCAGAAACGACGGGAAAUGGAAGACAUUGACCGCAAGAGGAGUGAGGAGCUUAGGAAGGCCCUCUCGACCACCACCACCACUUAACCCAAGGGCUAAUGCUUGCUUGUUCAGAACAAAAACCUGUUCGGCACAGAUGGGUUCUGCCUACUGUUUGCAUAUUUCCAGAGGAAAGGGGAAACAAGGUCCCUGAGCAGCCUGUGGCACGUGCUAACCUUCAGGACAGUGACGUGAAAACUCAAGCUUAUCCUCCUACUGUGGCUUAGCCCACUCAGGGCAAAAGGUCACCUUCCUGGCUCUCUCCAAACAGAGACUACGGGAAGAAAUAUAAAUGGAGAGAUCCACACUGAAAGGGGCCUGGCAAGUGCCACAGUUCCAUUCCAGUGCCUCUGAGGCUCCAGCCUGGAGGUGAAGGAAAGCAACCCUGCUCCCCAGCUGACUGACGGCACCUCAGUGUCCUUCCUCCAUGCUGCUGACAAUGACCAGCCUGACCUUCACCAGUACUGUGUCCUUUCCCUGUCCCCACAAAUGAAGAUAUUUCCUGCCCCUCCUGUAAGUUCCAUAAUGCCAAUAGAACAUAUGACCUGUGUUCUUGUCACAAAAUAAACGUGUCUACUAUGAAGCAGCCAGUAGAUAAGGGUCCAGUCAGUAGGAACAUGCCCUCCACCUCACAGGCCUAGCACAAUGGAAAACCUAGGACAAGGGUAGCCCACUGCAACAAACUCAAAUUUGAUGUCAGCAUUUACAAAUUAUGCCUGUAUGAGAACUGGAUUCUGGGUUUCUUCUGAAAAAAUGGGCAAGAUCUGGCAACCCUUGGCCCGCGUUCACAGGACACAGGUGACUCUGACACAUCUGUUCCAUUGAGCCAUGGACCUUCCCUUGACCCUGAGACAGCCUGAUGGAGCCCUCUCUUGGGUUACAGCUGGGUCACAAGGCCCCUCUGAAAGACCUCUGAGGUGGUGGCCCUGGCUCCAGUGCAUUUGGAGAGACUCGUAGGGCCUACAUGGGAUUUAGCAAGCACCAUCCCCCAAACAGGAAGGGAAUCCUGCCCAAUGGUGGGCAGUGGUCAAGAUCCCAAGUGACUGGGCAGCCCAGACAGCAAGAGGGCAGAGAGGUGGCUGUGCCCAAGGCUGCAGAAGUGUGUUCCUUCCCAGGAUGCACAGAGGGAAGGGCGCUGACGUCCCCAAGAGCAAGAACAGUGCUUAGACCAUAAGCUGCCUGGCA